ACGGCUGAGGUCACGUGUCACCCCGACGCUCUCCUCCAAUGGGGAAAAGUUCCUCCGCUCCUGUUGUGUUCGGGACGAUGCGGUCCAGGUGUGCGACGCCGCCCAAAGACUAACAUUCCCAAAAAAAAAAGGUUUGGAGCAGUUUUAAGAUGGCUUCCACUAUUUUGUCGCUUCUGGUUCUCGUCUCCUCAGCCGCCGUCUCAGUGGCCGUCCUGUUUGGAGAGCCCAGGAUUUUUGGAGAGGAAGCUACAGGCUAUGGUCCCAUCUUCGAGGAGGAGCCGGUGGACGUGGUCUACUCCGAGGACUCGCCUGACGGAAGGAUCUCCAUGAACUGCCGAGCUCGGGCAAACCCGCCGGCGUCGUACAGGUGGCGCCGUGACAACUGGGAGAUAAAACUGAUGGAGCAGCCGCACGAGCACUACAGCCUGGUGGGCGGAAACCUGGUCAUCAGCAACCCCCGGCAGAAGAAGCACGCCGGCACGUACAUCUGCGUGGCCCGGAACAUCUACGGCACCGUCAUCAGCAAGGAGGCCCGGGUCAAGUUCGGAUUCGUGGAGGAGUUCCCUCAGGAGGAGAGAGAGCCGGUUCACGUGAAGGAAGGACAAGGAGCCGUCCUGCUGUGUGCGCCUCCCAAAACCUGGCCAGAGGAGGUGAGCUACCGCUGGAUCUUCAACGAGUUCCCCGUCUUCCUCGACCCGGACCGCCGCCGCUUCGUCUCGCAGAGGACGGGCAACUUGUACAUCGCCAAGGUGGAGGCCCGGGACGCCGGCAACUACUCCUGCUUCGUCUCCAGUCCCGUCGUGGGCAAGAGCGUCUUCUCCAAGUUCAUCCCGCUCGUCCCUCUGCCGCCGGAUGACGGUGAGGAGAGAAAAUACCCAGCGGACAUCAGGGUGAAGUUUGGAGACACCACGGCCUUGCUGGCCUCCAACAUCACGCUGGAGUGCUUCGCGCUUGGCAAUCCUGUCCCUCACAUUGUGUGGAGAAAAGUGGACCACACCGAUCUUCCAGCCAAUCAUGAGAUCAGCGAGUCAGGCGCUGUCCUGCACCUCUACAACAUCCAGUAUGAAGACGUGGGGAGUUACGAGUGCGAGGCCAUCAACACCAAAGGGAAAGACUGGCACAAGGCCUGGGUUUACGUGGAGUCUGCUCCAGAGUGGGCAGAAACCAUCAACAACACCCAAAUGGACAUCGGUUCAGAGCACACCAUGCGCUGUGUUGCAUCAGGGAAGCCUUUCCCAUUCAUCCGUUGGUACAAAAAUGGCUACAUGUUCGGCAAAGGCGAGUUGAAGUUUUCCAGCUUGACGUUCGAUCACUCCGGCAUGUACCAGUGCAUAGCGGAGAACUACUGGGGCAUCAAAUACGCCAACGCUGAGCUGAGAGUGAUUGCCUGUGCUCCGACUUUUGAGUUCAACCCCCUGAAGAAGCAGCUCCUGGGGGCCAAAGACGGCCGCGUGGUGAUAGAGUGCAAACCCAGAGCGGCGCCCAGGCCUCGCUUCACGUGGACCAAAGACAAAGAGCUGCUCUUCAACAACUCGCGCAUCUCCAUCAUGUUUGAUGGCACUCUGGAGAUUCUCAACGCCACCAUAAAUGAUGAAGGUUCCUACACGUGCUUUGCUGAGAACGACAGAGGAAAGUCCAACAGUUCUGGUUACCUCACCAUCACAGAGGCGACCAGCAUUACGACGCCUCCAGAGGACACUGAGGUGAAAGUGGGCGACCAGGUGGUUCUGUCCUGCUCGGCGUCCUACGACCCCAUGCUGGACAUCACCUUCAUCUGGGCCGUGGACUUCAGGGUCAUCGACUUUCACGCCGAGUGGCAACACUUUGAACGCAUCAUGAGCGAAGACGGCAGCGGGAACCUGCGGAUCAAGGACGCGCGGAUCUGGCAUGAGGGCCGCUACACGUGCACGGCUCAGACCGUGGUGGACAGCGACAUGGCGUACGCCGACCUCAAGGUUGUAGGAGUCCCAGGGCCUCCUGGUGUGAUCCGCGUGGAGGAUAUAGGAAACACGUGGGUCAAGCUCCUGUGGACCAAAGGAGCUGAUCAUAACAGGCCGAUUCUUCACUACACCAUUCAAAGCAGAAACUACUGGGCUCUGCAUGAGGACGACUGGAAGAAUGCCACAACCUCUCCAACCUUCCUUGACGGCACUGUGGAGAGGGCAGAUGUCACAGACUUGUACCCCUGGAUGGAGUAUCAGUUCCGGAUCAUUGCCACCAACGAGUACGGCUCUGGGGAGGCCAGCAUCCCCUCGCUGAAGAUAAAAACAUGGGACGACUCUCCGGUGGUCUCGCCCACUGAGGUGGAGGGUUACGGCGGUAGGAAUGGCGAGAUAGUCAUCACUUGGAAGCCCGUGGAGCCUUGGUACUUCUACGGCAAGAAGUUUGGCUACAUCGUGGCCUUCAAGCCUCACGACGCGUACGACUGGUGGUACGAGACCAUCUCUGACCCGGAGACAAGGCGAUACGUUCACAAGGACACCUUCUUCGUCCCCACCGAGGAAGACUUCCAGUUUCGGGAGUUUCAGGUGAAGAUCAAGUCGUUUAACGUGAAAGGAGACGGGCCUUACAGUCUGACCAAGGUCAUCUACUACCCAAGAGAUGUCCCCACAGAGCCUCCUACAGACGUCUACGCCAGGCCAGUGUCCUCCACAGAAGCUCUGGUGUGGUGGCUGCCCGUGGUGGACACAGGAACGGGCCUACAGCAGUACAUUGAAGGCUACCAGGUGAAAUACUGGAGAAAAUAUGACGACCCAGAGCCGGGAGCCAAUCGCAUUUUUGUCCCGGCGACGGCAAACCAAACCAGGCUGGAGAACAUGCUGCCUGACGCCCACUACCUCAUUGAGGUGCGAGCCUUUAACGGAGCUGGACUCGGACCGCCGGGGGAACACUGCGAGAUGUUCACCAAAAGACCACCACCGCCCGAUCCUCCCAGGAUGUGGCGCUUCAUCUCCUGGACAGGAAAGUGGUUGUACGUGUGGUGGGAUCAUAUCCAGUACGACUGGUUUGGGAACGUCUCCUUCCCUCUUUACUACAAGGUCAUGUUUCGAAAGACCGGUUACAUUUACGGGAAAGUGUACGUCACCGGCUGGCACUUUAUGGACUUCCCCAUGCCUCAGUUUGGAGACUACGAGCUCAUGGUGCGAGGACGCUACGAAGGGGGCGACGGCCCCGUCAGGACCAUUCGACUUCUGGGCAAGGCCUCCGUGACCACGCCCACUCUCGGCCUCGCCUCUGCCACGUUCCUGGCGCUGUGCAUUGUGGGAUUGCAACUUUAAGCCUUUCACAACACCCUUGCUGAAUUCUUUUGAAAAAUGGCAUUGUUGAAUUAUUUAUAAGAUAGUAUGUAAAGAGUUGUAUAAGAACUGUUAUUGCAUUGGCUUUUAUGAAUAGCACACCCUAGUAGCAUUUAUUAAAUCACUACCACUAAUGGA